AUGCAGAUCAAGAGUGUUCUCAUCGCCGUCGCCGGCCUUGCCGCUCUGUCCGAGGCCUCGGUCAUUCCUGGCCCCUCUCCCUUCAGCAGGACGCUCGCUCGUCGCCAGUUCCGAGGCGGUCAGGGAGGCGGUCAAGGAGGCAACAACGGCGGCAACAACGGUGGGAACAAUGGUGGUAACAACAACAACGGCGGCAACAACAACAACAACGGAGGAAACAACAACGGUGGAAACAACGGUGGAAAUAACAACAACGGCGGCGGUAACGCCGGCGCCACCCAGGUCUGUCUCGUUGACGGUGUCCUUCAGGAAGGUUCAAACCAGGCUGGCCAGCCUGCUGAUGGCGCCGUUGCUUCCGCCACGGACGACUCGAACUUCAUCAACUUCUGCCAGGGAGAGGACUUGACCAACGGUGAGCAGAAGACUGGCGGCUCUUGCAACGGUAUCCCUAUGGGCAAGAUCCCAGCCCAGAACAACAUGGUCUCCAGCAUUCUGGUCAACCCCGCCCACAAUGACAACAUUGAGGCCAACACCGACUUCGACAUCCAGGUCCAGGUCGACAACUUCGCUCCUGGAGCUUUCACCGAUGCGCAGAGUACCUAUUAUUCUGCCCCCCAGGACCUCGAUGGUCAGGGCCGCAUCAUUGGUCAUACUCAUGUCACCGUUCAGACCUUGGGCGGCAACCUCACCCCUGACCAGCCUCCUGACGCCUCUACCUUUGUCUUCUUCAAGGGAAUCAACGAUGCUGGCAACAACAACGGCCUUCUUUCUGCCACUGUCACUGGUGGUCUGCCUGCUGGCAACUACCGUGUCUGCACCAUGUUCGCAGCCGCAAACCAUCAGCCCGUGAUCAUGCCAGUCGCCCAGCGCGGUGCCCAGGAUGACUGCAACAAGUUUACUGUCGGCGGUAAUGGCGGUAACAACAACAAUAACGGUGGCAACAACAACAACAACGGUGGUAACGGCCAAGACCAAAAUGCAGGCAAUGGUCAGGGCCAGAACGGUGGUAACGGUCAGGGCCAGAACGGCGGUAACGGCCAGGGCCAGAACGGCGGUAACGGUCAGGGCCAGAACGCAGGCAAUGGUCAGGGCCAGAAUGGAGGCAAUGGUGCCGGACAGGGCGCCGGCGCCGGUCAGGGUCAGGGUGGAGGCAAUGGUGCCGGACAGGGUGCCGGCGCUGGUCAGGGUCAGGGUCAGGGUCAGGGCGGAGGCUUUGGUGGUGGCUUCGGCGGUGGCUUCGGCGGAGGCCGUGGCCAAGGUGGCCAGAACCAGGGUGGUAAUCAGGGUGGUGCUGAUCAGACUGCCGAUCCUGCUGCCGAUGCUACUGCUGCACCGUCCGCUGACGCGACUGCCGACCCUGCUGCCGGAGAGACUGAAGCCGCUGACGGUGCGAAUGCCGGCGCUGAUGGAGGACAGGGUGCUGGCGGUGCUGGUGGUGCUACUGCGGCCAAUGCCGUCGGCGGUAUUGCAGCGCCUGAGAUCUCCGACUCUGGCAACGCCGAUCGCCCGUUUGAGGUCAACGGCAACACCUUCACCAACCGUCAGACCGCUGCCCAGAGAGCUUGCGACAUUCAGCAGAACCAGUGUGCGGACGCCGUCAACGGAGGCGGCGGUGCUGGCUUCGCUCUGUCUGACUGCCAGGGACAGGUCGCCGCUUGCGUGGCUGAGCUUGCCUGA